CAAGCUGAGUGGAGUCUAUCCACUUCGGCAGCGAGCGGAAAAAUCUCUCCCCAGUGGUGAAAUCCAAAACCCCCACUCCCCCUCGCCGGCCGCCGCCGCCGCCGCAUGCUCCAAGCAUGGCGCUCGUCUCCACCACCACCGUCGCCUCCUCCUCGUCCUACCACUGCGACCACCCGCUCCGCCCGGCCGCCGCCAGGAGCUGGUGCCGCCCCAGGAGCCGCGUCGGGGGCAGGCUGGCGGUGCUGGCGCGGGCGCGGGGCCAGCUGACGACCACGCCCAAGGAGGAGGCGGCCCCGCCGGCGGGGGCGGGGGAGCGGGGCAGGUACUCGUACGAGGUGGACUCGCUGAUCGACCGGCUGAGCAACCUGGCGCCGCGGGGCUCCAUCGCGCGCUGCCUCGAGACGGCCAAGCACCGGCUCACGCUGCAGGACUUCGCGGCGGUGUACCGCGAGUUCUCCCGCCGCGGCGACUGGCAGCGCUCCGUGCGCCUCUUCAAGUACAUGCAGCGCCAGUCCUGGUGCCGCCCCGACGAGCACAUCCACGCCAUCGUCAUCGGCGUGCUCGGCCGCCAGGGCCCCGCCCUCCUCGACAAGUGCCUCGAGGUCUUCCAGGACCUCCCCGCCGACGCCCGCACCGCGCUCUCCUACACCUCCCUCAUCGCCGCCUACGCCCGCAACGCGCUCCACGAGGACGCCCGCGCCCUGCUCGACCAGAUGAAGGCCCAGGGCGUGGCCCCCACCGCCGCCACCUACAACACCGUGCUCGCCGCCUGCGCCCGCGCCGCUGACCCGCCCGUCCCCUUCGACAUGCUCCUCGGCCUCUUCGCCGAGAUGCGCCACGACCCCUCCCCGGCCGUGCGCCCCGACCUCACCACCUACAACACGCUCCUCGCCGCCGCCGCCGUGCGCUCCCUCAGCGACCAGUCCGAGAUGCUGCUGCGCACCAUGCUCGAGGCUGGCAUUAUGCCGGACACCGCGUCCUACCGUUACAUUGUGGAUGCCUUUGCCAAUGCCUGUGACCUCUCCCGUGUCGCCGAGCUGUUCCGUGAGAUGGCCGACACAGGGCACACACCGGACCCCUCCGCGUAUCUCGGGCUCAUGGAGGCUCACACCCGGAUUGGUGCCACCGCUGAAGCUGUGGCCGUGCUACGGCAGAUGCAGGCUGAUGGCUGUGCGCCCACGGCUGCGACAUACCGUGUCCUGCUCGAUCAGUAUGGAAAACAGGGGAGGUUUGAUGGCGUGCGUGAGCUCUUCCGUGAGAUGAGAACGGCUGUACCUCCAGACACGGCCACCUACAAUGUGCUCUUCAAUGUAUUCGGCGAUGGCGGGUUUUUCAAGGAGGUGGUGGAGCUCUUUCACGAUAUGCUUCGCACAGGGAUAGAACCUGACAUGGAGACCUGUGAAGGUGUCUUGGCUGCGUGUGGUCAGGGUGGUCUCCAUGAGGAUGCAAGAGAAGUUCUUGACUACAUAACCAAAGAAGGAAUGGUGCCUACUGCAAAGGCCUACACUGGCCUAAUUGAAGCCCUUGGUCAUGCAGCUAUGUAUGAGGAGGCCUAUGUAGCAUUCAACAUGAUGACUGAAAUCGGUAGCUUGCCAACCAUAGAGACCUAUAAUUCUCUUGCAAAUGUGUUUGCCAAGGGCGGGCUCUUCCGGGAGGCUGAGUCCGUCUUUUCUCGGAUGACCAACAGUGCUGGCAUUCAGAAAAGCAAAGAUUCGUAUGAUGCCCUCAUCGAAGCAUACUGCCAGGGUUCACAGUUGGAUGAUGCAGUGAAGGCAUACAUGGAGAUGCGCAAGUCUAGGUUUAACCCUGAUGAACGCUCCCUUGAGGGGGUACUCAAUGCCUACUGCAUAGCAGGUGUUAUAGAUGAGAGCAAAGAGCAGUUUGAAGAGAUCAGAUCCAAAAUGACUGUGCCUAGCAUUAUUGCUUAUUGCAUGAUGUUGUCACUAUAUGCAAGGAACGACAGGUGGGCCGAUGCUUAUGAUCUGCUGGAAGAAAUGAAAGCAAAUCGUGCUAGUAAUACACAUCAAGUCAUUGCUUCCAUGAUAAAAGGGGAGUACGAUGAUAGCUCCAAUUGGCAAAUGGUUGAAUACGUCCUUGACAGCAGUAACUUGGAAGGAUGUGACUACAGUUUACGAUUUUUUAAUGCUCUCCUUGAUGCACUUUGGUGGUUUGGCCAAAAAGCUCGGGCUGCAAGGGUUCUAGAUCAUGCAGUAAGUUAUGGGCUCUUCCCUGAAUUAUCCCGUGACACCAAGCUGGUCUGGUCUCUAGAUGUACAUAGGAUGUCAGUUGGUGGGGCAUUAGUGGCUGUGUCAGUAUGGCUCAAUAAACUUUACACCAGACUAAAAAGAGAGAAAGAUCUUCCCCAACUGGCCUCUGUUGUUGUAUUGAGGGGGGAAAUGGAGAAAAGCACGGUCACAAGAGGACUGCCGAUCUCAAAAGUUGUGUACUCCUUUCUCAAUGACACGCUGUCUGCAUCGUUCCAUUACCCAAAAUGGAACAAGGGGCGAGUCAUAUGCCUGAAGUCCCAGUUGAAAAAGCUGCAGGCGGCCAUAGAUUCCUCGAACGGCGCGGCUGUGCCUGGCUUCGUCCACAUGACGGACUCCCGUCUGCCAUCUCCUGGCUCGAAGGUAUACACCCGGGAGCCCCAGGUUGAGAACGGCUCGGCCCAUUCCACCGCUGAAUCGUUGGUAGAAGAAGAAAAGGAGUCGGAACUCCUCGCGCUGUGAGCUCUCAGGGUUGCAGAGAUAUGGUAUUUAUUAUCUGGCCGAACAGGGGAAGACGAAGUGCAGAGUAGCAGUUUUGGGGUUUGGGCAUUCAGUCUGUUCAUCUUCACGCCGCGCGACAAGGACGACCACACCAUGCUUUUGCAGCGGCUUCCUUGCUUCAGUGAUACCCGGUGGGUGCUGCUGCUGAGAAUUUUGCGCAUCUUGCCCAGAACAGCUGUACUUGCAAGAGCUCCUGUCACCUUGGACAGUGCCGGAAUUCAGGUUCAUCUCAGGAUUUAGCGCUCUGUAGGUAGGACCAGGCUACGCAUGUUUGUUUCUAGAAAUAGUUGGCUCACUUUCUCUGUAUCGCCAUCUCGUGCUUUUGAUAUGGCAAGCAUGAACUUAUUUUUGGUUUCACCUGGGGCAACGAUGCCACACUGUAAAACAUGGCAGCAGCCUCAUCCUCCUGGUGAGUCUCAGCGAAACAUUUCUGGCAGAGGUAGACGCUAGGAGUUUGUAGAACUGCAUGAUAAUUGUUGUAUGUAAGCUGCUGGAGUGCCGGUGUUUAAAAGUUUAAACAUCUUGUAAUACAUGUUUAUUUAGACAAUUUUGGUAGAAAAAAAUGCAAAGCACCUAGUUCAAAUUCU